ACACGGCAGGCGUGUGGACGGACCCAAGGUGCCGCCGUCGUCAUGACGGCUUUAGAUAUUCGAAGGAGAGCAGACAAACUGCUGACCGAAGAGCUAUGCUACAGAGUAUGUUCGUAUUUAUACGCGUCCAUUGGAUCUUUAUAUGCUUGCCGAUGGGCAGUUUGCACCUCAUUAAUCUCAUCCAUGUCGCCGUGAUAAUACCACCAUGUUCACUCCAGUCCAAUAAUAAUUACACACGACCACGAGGAGAAUAAAAACGAGAGCAACCGACACGAUGCCUUUAGCUUCGUCGCCGUCCGCAGAUUCAGAUUCUUUGGAUGCCAGAGUAAUAUCAUGCGCCAUUCUCACACUUGUCAUUUCGGCAGUCGUUGUGGCUCUGCGCUUCUACACGCGAUGCAGAAUUAUUCACGCAUUGGGAGCAGAGGACUGGUUUAUACUGGUAGCCUGGGUGUUUGCUCUAGGCUCUUCAAUCGGAACCUGGAAACAGGCAUAUUGGGCACUAGGACAGCACCUCGACACGGUAACACCCCAGGAAUUAUCCUUUUUCUUACGCGCGGUGUGGUGGACCAUGAUCUUGUACAUUGUGUCCUUCACCUCAACCAAAAUCUCGAUUCUCCUGCUGUAUAUCCGUGUGCUCACGUCAUAUGAGAACUUCCGACGCGGAGCGUGGGCCAUGCUCAUCUUGGUUACCAUUGGAGGCGCCAGUAUCUUCGUAACAUCGAUGACAGCGUGUAUCCCGUUAAACAAGUAUUGGGAUUUGGACACUGAGGGUUAUUGUCACCCAACGGGUGUGUGGUGGUACAAUACCGGGUUCCUCAUCGGGACGGACUUUUUGAUAUUCUUGUUACCCAUGCCCGUGCUCAUCGGGUUGAGGAUGCCGAUGAGACAGAAGUGGGAGCUAUUGGGCGUCUUCGCCAUAGGCUUUUUUAUAUGUCUCAUCUCGAUCUUCCGAGUCAUUUGGCUGACCCAACUGGCUGGAUCCGUCGACUAUACUUACGACAACACGCCUCUCGCGGAGUGGACUUGCGUUGAGCUCAACACGGCUAUUGUCUGCGCGAGUCUCGUCACCCUCAAGCCCCUUUAUCACAAGGUCUUCCCGCCGAAACAACAUUUGAUGCUAGACGGAGAAACUGCACAAAGAGAUCACCCAAUGACCAUCGGGGGUCUCCGAAUAAGGCCGCUGCAAGAGGGCCACUAUGUAGACAUGUACGACCAGUCUUCACGACCAAUGACAGGCACUCGGUCACCUCGUUCGGGUUCCAUGGGCAGAAAUCAUGACACGGCGAGCGAUGACACGUUGGUAGGAUUGGGCCGUUGUGACAGUGCAAGCAGUCAUUUUGGGUAUACUCCACAUCCUACACUAAUUCUCACCUUGCCUCCAAAAUCAUUGCAAGCCGACAUAAGAGAGGCGGAGAAGAACCGUAGAUUGCCCCUGGCAAGGAUAAGCGCAUUGAGUAGCAGUGAUCAGAGCGAUGACUCGGUGAGGGUAUGGUGACACGCCAAUGCACAUAUGCUUAAGUGGAGUUUGGAGUCAAAAAGGAGUUGAGAUUAGGUAGCGGAUGGCAACUACUGUUUGAAUC